GCAGCAACGCGCACGCGGCGGGGAGACGAAACCCCACCCCACCCCGUGGAGGAAGGAGGGGAGGGGGAGAGAUGGGGCGGCGGCGGUCCGUGCUGCUGCUCCUCCUCGCCCUCACGGUGCUCUCGCCGCUCGUGCUCUACACGCGCCGUCUCUCGGCGGCGCUGAACCCCGCCAUCCAGAGGAGGGAUUUGCCUGGCGAAAUCGCGAAUCAGGUCCGUGGCGUCAAGGCUAGCAAGCUAAAUGCGCUUUCUCUGGAAACUGUGAGUUCUUUGAAAGAACCCGUUGGCAUCGUCUUCUCGGAGGAAUCGCGUGAAUCUGGAAGCAAAUCCACUGAGCCUGAAUUGCUAUUGAUGAAGGCUGGGGAGCACAAGAACCGGGUGCUUUCUGAGGCCACCGCUGCUGAUGGUGCCAGAUCGGAAGACGAGGACUUGAUCGAGCAGGUGACAAGCAGGGAGGGAGAAGGAGAUGAUGGCUCAACGAGGGUGUCACUCGAUCAGCAGCAGACAACCAUGGCAUCCCAACAGAGAUCUGUUUCUGAGGUAAGUUCAUUGGAGUCUGUAUCUGAACAGACAUCCGUGAGUGUUCUUGAGGAAAGCUCUCUAGAAGGAAAUAAUGAUGGUCAGAGCAAAACUGCUGUUUUGCUUGAUACUAGGAUCCGCAAUAUCAGGGAUCUGUUAAUUAAGGCAAAGGUCUACCUUGGCCUUGGAGCCAUUCGAGCAAAUCCCCAGUACCUCAGAGACUUGAGACAGCGGAUACGGGAAGUUCAAAAGGUGCUCGGUGAUGCAUCCAAGGACUCUGAUCUACCCAAGAAUGCCAAUGAGAAGAUGAAAACGCUUGAGCAGACACUGAUCAAGGGAAAACAGAUGCAGGAUGAUUGUUCUCUUGUUGUCAAAAAGCUUCGAGCUAUGCUGCACUCAGCUGAGGAGCAGCUGCAUGCACACAAGAAGCAAACUGUUUUUCUAACACAACUUGCAGCCAAAACCCUUCCCAAAGGUCUUCACUGCCUCCCCUUGAGACUAGCUAAUGAAUAUUUUUCGUUGGAUCCUGGCCAUCAACAAUUCCCAAACCAGGAAAAACUUGAUAACCCCAAACUAUAUCACUAUGCAUUGUUCUCUGACAAUAUACUGGCAGCAGCGGUAGUUGUUAAUUCAACAGUGUUAAAUGCCAAGCACCCUUCUCAUCAUGUCUUCCACAUAGUAACUGACAGACUAAAUUAUGCUCCAAUGAGAAUGUGGUUCCUCUCUAACCCUCCUGGAAAAGCAACGAUUGAAGUACAAAACAUUGAGGAGUUCACCUGGCUAAAUGCCAGCUACAGCCCAGUGUUAAAACAACUUGAAUCUCAAUCAAUGAUUGAUUACUACUUCAGGACACAUCGUGCAAACUCAGAUUCAAAUUUGAAGUACAGAAAUCCAAAAUAUCUCUCUAUUCUCAAUCAUUUGCGAUUUUACCUACCUGAGAUUUAUCCAAAGCUCCACAAGAUUGUCUUUCUUGAUGAUGAUGUAGUAGUAAAGAAGGACCUAACCAGCCUCUGGUCAAUUGACAUGAAGGGGAAGGUAAUUGGUGUUGUAGAGACUUGUGGAGAGAGCUUCCAUCGUUUCGAUCGUUACCUUAACUUCUCAAAUCCAGUCAUUGCGAAGAAUUUUGACCCCCAUGCUUGUGGAUGGGCUUUUGGAAUGAAUGUCUUUGACCUGGCUGAAUGGAGGCAACAGAACAUAACUGAAAUCUAUCACUCCUGGCAGAAGCUUAAUCAAGACAGAUUAUUAUGGAAACUUGGCACUCUACCUCCAGGUUUGAUUACAUUCUGGAAUAAGACGUUUCCCCUCAAUCGUUCGUGGCAUGUUCUUGGUCUUGGUUACAACCCACAUGUAAGUAGCAGAGAUAUUGUACGUGCCGCGGUCAUACAUUACAAUGGCAAUAUGAAGCCUUGGCUGGAGAUUGGUUUGCCCAAAUUCCGAAACUACUGGUCAACGUACCUCGAUUAUGAUCAGCCCUUCCUGCGGGACUGUAACAUCAAUCCUUGAAGAAAGAUGGCACCUUCAAUGAUCCAUACUGACAUAACCAAUAGAUUUCCCAUUUCUGGGUGUUGCGAGCAUUAGUUUAGUUUUUUCUAGUAUUUGAUUGAUUUUUUUUAAAAUUGUAGAUUUCAGGUAACUAGAUUUCCUUACCACCUGGCCGUUGUAUCCCUACUUCUGCAUAACUGCAGAUAUAGUAGUAGUUGUAGAUGUUUUGAGACUACAUUCUCUCCUGGGCAGGAAAAUGUUUUGAUAGUGUGAUGGUCC